UUAUGUAUGACAUGGAGUGCGCAAAUCAAAUGAUAUGUAAAAUAAAUUAUUCCGAUUGUAGAAACAAGUUAAUUAUUUGUCGUUUGCCACUCUGCUUCGUUUCAUGCACCGACACUUCAUGAGCGGCGGAGUAGUGCUUUGCAGUCUAGUAUACAAACAAAUUUAAGAGGAAGCGAUAACUCAAUAAAUUAGCCUACAAAAUCUAAAUAAUGGGGUAUUCGAUGUAUGAAUCUCAACUUUUCUUGACAUAUCGCUAAACAUCUUUCGAUAUUUACAAAUUAUUUAAAUCACUUCCUCUAUGUCCAAAAUAAAAUAUCAGCUCUUUUACUUCCCUCGCCCACUGACAUUUACAUCACGAAAAACCAUGUCACUCAUUUCCAUAUAACUUGGAAAGCACCGCUUGGAUUUGGAUGAAAUUUUCAUACACCAUUGCUACUGUGCCAAGGAGGAGAAGCUCGUAUGGUUUUCGAGAAUCGGCCCAGUGGCGGCGGAGAAAAAGGCCAAAAACGAAACAGUAUUAUCUUCCUAUAUACAUAUUUCUAAGUUCCUUGGUGGUUGCCGUGCCAGUGUGGUUAUGGAAUGAAACUUUAACGAAUUCUAUACUAUCCUCCCAUUUCUUCAGAUGGAUAUUGUAUUUGAAUAUCACAAUGUGCGUCAACAGCUGGGCUCAUUUCUUUGGUACUAAACCAUAUGACAAGUAUAUCCGUCCAAUAGAAUCGAACCUGUUAUCAUUCUUAAUAGUUGGAGAAGGUUGGCAUAAUUACCACCACACCUUCCCGUGGGACUACCAGGCUGCAGAAUAUGGUCUUCACUAUAGCCUGACGACAUUCCUGAUUGAGCUAUCGAGUUACUUAGGACUGGCACAUGAUCUGAAAAGUGCUUCCCAGCAAACGGUCGAGAAAAGGAGGCUACGAACAGGAAAUGUACCUCUAAAAGAUCAGAAAAAUCAACAUGGAAGCUGAAGUCUACCCUGGAUGGCCAUAGGAAUAAAAUAUUAAAUUAAAAUUAAAUAACAUUUCCACUUUUGCUCGUUUAUGGCAUAAUUAGGAGUUUAUUAUGACGUUCCGUCUCCUAUUCUCAAACAUCAACUUUAUUUCUUCUCAUAGACUUCAUAAUUAAUAUCUGCAAAUGUGAAUAGGUCUGAAAAAUAAUAGCGAAAAUGUUCACACGGACAUUGUCCACCCUAAUUAUUUAAAAAAAAAACUAAUAUUUUCAUAGCCUGCUUGGAAAAUGACAGCUUCUCACAUGAUUAGUGGAUUACAUCACCAAAUUUGGUUCAGUUCAUAUUUAAAACGUUCACAUGAUUUUGACGCAAUAUGUGUACAUCGGCUUAGAUAUGACAGAUUUAUGUUUAAAAAUCUCCAACACCAUCAAGGUUUUUGCUUACUCUACAAUCUAUGGAUUUUGUAAAACCGCCGUUUUUAAUGUAUGUAUUACUACCCUUACACAAUAUAACAUUAUCUUGCUAUUAAUUCGAUGAGCUAAGGGCCAUAUCGUCAGUCGUUCCUACGUAUUACGCCUUUAUGGCCUAAGGAUUUCUGCUGUUUUGUGUCAGCAUCAGCGCUCUCCUAUUGUGAGGUUAUGUUUUCUUUUUGGAUCUUAAGAAAUUUAGGAUGAUAAAAAUCUCGUUUUAUCAGCCUGAAAUGUCUUAGAAUUCAAACAGGAAAUAUAACCUCAAAAUAGAGCGCCUGCAUGAAACAGUAGAAAUCUAGAAAAACCCCUGCCGUUCUGAAAGACAGGAAAAACUAUGAAAAUCAAGGAGGCCAUAAAGGCGUCCUAUAGUUGUAGGAAUGACUGUCGAUAUGGCCCUGAAACCUUACUUACAAAGAUUACAUCAUUAGUCAUUUUUAGACGUUACGUUAUCAAAAUCUGAAACAAGAAAGACUGUUCACCUAUACUCAGUCCAUUAAACAGGAAAGCUUUGCUGAUAUUAUGAAGCAGAUGACUAUAUAAUAGUUGCAAGGUCUACCUAGGAGCUUUUUGAGAUCAGAAUUAAAAACCCUAUUGACUUCGGAAAAAUCCAAUAUGCCGUAAAGAAAAAAUAGAGUUAUUGAUUGAGGUCAAGAGACGAAACGUCAUAUUGGAGUUCUAAGAAAUCACCUUGUAGCGUAGAAAAGGUGGCAAUGUUAAUGUGUAAUUUGCUUCGAAAUCCCACCUCAAAUAAUGUCAGGAAAAAUAAAAUGAAUUUCGGA